UUUGGAUGGCGGGUAAAUUCCCGGCGAGAAAGUUGUUUGCCUGUCUCAAAUAAUUCUCAACCAUGGCGACGGAGCUUUGACAGCUAAAACAAAUUAUCAACAAUGGCCCGACAUUGCCUUUUUCGAUCAUAAUUAGUCAACUAAUCGGUCUUCUUCACGAUCGACACACGGGAAACUAUCUCGAUUACAGUUGAAACGGAACCAUCUAAUUCAUUAAUGUGAUCGCAUUGGAAUUCGUUUUUGAUCCCUUCUUGUUCUUCUCAAUUUCCCCCAUUUUCCUCUCCCCAUCUUUCAAAUCCAUCCAAUUUCCUGUUUCCCCCCUUCUGUAUCAAUGGAUUCACAAAACCCAUAUCGCAAUUCCCUUUACCCUCAGGUGAUUCAUUCAAAUCCCGAUGCGCCUUCCGCUCCCUUUGCGAAUCCGAAUCCAUCGUCGACCUCGAAUCUUUACCCCACUCUUGAUAUGAAGGAUAUGGUAGAGAAUCUGUUUCCCGACGAUGUGGAUUACCGUCGUCCUCCUUCGGUUCCAACUCCGGCUCCGACUUCGGCUUCCGCUCCUCCCCUUGCGGCGGAAGAGGUUCUCAUCAGAGUCCCAGGCGCCAUUCUUAACCUAAUUGAUAAACAGUAUAGUGUUGAGCUCGCUUGCGGCGAUUUGACCAUUGUUCUCAUUCGCCAAGGGGAGAAUGUUGUUGCGGUGCUUGCGCGUGUUGCUGAUGACAUUCAAUGGCCAUUAGCGAAGGAUUUAGCGGCUGUGAAGCUUGAUGAUUUGCAUUACUUCUUCUCUUUUCGGCCUCCGAAGGAACGUGAUUCGGAUUCCGAUUCGAGUGACGAUGAAGAUGGGAAGAAUAAUGGGUCGGACGAUUAUUUGAGCUAUGGGUUGACGAUUGUUUCCAAAGGUCAAGAGGGAUUGUUGAAGGAACUAGAUGGGAUUUUGCAAAAUUACAGUAGUUUUACGGUGCAGAAGGUGUCGGAGAGUGCCAAGAAAGUGGAGGUUCUGGAUGAGUCUCUAGCGAAAGAGAUGUCGCCGGCGGAUUUGAAGACGGAGAAGAAGAAAGAAGAGAUGGAAGGGAAAUGUGCAGCGUAUUGGACUACAUUAGCUCCUAAUGUGGAAGAUUACAAUGGAUUGGCUGCAAAGUUGAUAGCAGCGGGAUCGGGGCAAUUGGUUAAAGGAAUUUUAUGGUGUGGUGAUGUGACUGUAGAAAGGUUGAAACAGGGAAACGAGGCUAUGCAGAAAAGGAUGGACCCCUGUUCUAACACCGAGAUCAGUCCUGAAACCCUCAAGAGGAUUAAAAGGGUUAAGAGGGUUACAAGGAUGUCAGAGAAAGUAGCAAAUGGAGUGCUCUCUGGAGUGGUUAAAGUUUCUGGAUACUUUACAAGUUCAGUGGCUAAUUCUAAAGUUGGGAAGAAGUUUUUUGGAAUGCUUCCGGGGGAAAUUGUACUUGCUUCUCUUGAUGGAUUUGGCAAAGUUUUUGAUGCUGUUGAAGUUGCUGGAAAAAAUGUCAUGGCUACAUCUUCCACUGUGACAACUGAACUAGUGACCAAAAGAUAUGGGGAGCAAGCUGCAAAUGCAACCACUGAAGGCCUUGAUGCUGCUGGACAUGCUGUCGGGACCGCAUGGGCUGCUAUGAAGAUUCGAAAAGCUCUGAAUCCAAAAAGUGCUCUCACCCCGACCGCUUUAGCAAAAUCCGCUGUUAAAGCCGCAGCUGCAGAGGCCAAGGCUAAGAACUCCAAAUAAAUUGUUGGAACUAUUUGAUAUUAACUUAUAGUAGGUAUGAACGGCUGUAACAAAUUAAGUUGAGCUUAUUAAAGAUUCAAGCUACUCAAUCUUCAUGCCCACUCUUGCUUCUUUACUAAAAUCAUUGUUGUAGAUUUCCUGUAUAUAAGUUACAUGGAUCCUGAAAAGAAUGACAUGAUUGAUUUCUGUUUCCUUUCUACAA